AUGAACGGUGAAGUGGAGGCGCUCGUGGAACAAUUCCCGCAUGUCACGGUAAAUUAUGUCGAACAACCGAGUGGCGACAAUGAUAACUUCGCAAUUGCAAAGCUCAGUCGCGGCGCAGACGGAAAGUUCAAGCGAACGCAUCGUGUUCAACUUCCUGGGCAUCCAAUUGUUGGCGAAGGCAAGCCCGAAAACCAAAACAUGGGAUUGGUCUGGUCGCGUGGCAUGUAUGUGCAAACGAUUGAUAUGAACCAAGAUGCACAUCUCGCAGAAGGGUUAAAACUUCGUAACGUUCUGAGGUUGUAUGGAUCCGACGAAGACAUAGUGCUCAUCGGCUUUACCGAACAACUGAUUUCUGGGCGUCAGGGGUCAGUGUCGAGUUUUGCGGCCACUUCUGAGGCGGUCUUUGGGACUUUGUUGCAGCGUUUCAUGACGAACCCUCUUCGUGUCCGCAUGCACUACGGCCACCCUGACAUAUGGGAUGGUGCAUUCAUCCGCUCAAGUGGUGGAGUCUCUAAGGCUUCUCGAAGACUGCACUUGUCAGAGGACGUGUACGGAGGU